UGCCUUCCGUGGUUCAGCCUGGUGCCUCGGCACCCGCACUUCAGCCCUGAUGUCUCUACCCAGCCUGAUGUCUCUACCCAGCCUGAUGUCUCUACCCAGCCUGAUGAACUGAUCCAGCCUGAUGAUCCUAUCACGCCUGAUGACUCAGUGCCCGCUGUCAUGCCUGGUGACCCGAUGCCCGCUGUCGAGUCAGACAAUCCAAUGCCUGAUGACCCAGUGCCUGCUGCUCCGCCUGGUGGCCUGGGCGCCUGCUGCUCCGCCUGGUGGCCCGGCGCCCUGCUGCUCAGCCUGUGAUCCGGUGUCCAGCCCGAUGUGCCUCUGCCCGGAGUCCAGCCCGAUGUGCC